AUGGCCGCGGACUCCGACCCGCACGGGAAAGCUGCGACGCUGGCGCGGAGGCGGCGGCUGCUCAGCUCUUCCUGCAGACUCUUUUUUCCUGAGGAUCCUAUUAAGAUUGUCCGGGGCCAAGGGCAGUACUUGUAUGAUGAACAGGGAGCAGAAUACAUCGAUUGCAUCAACAAUGUGGCUCACGUUGGGCACUGCCACCCUCUCGUGGUCCAAGCAGCACAUGAACAGAACCAGGUGCUCAACACCAACAGCCGAUACCUGCACGACAACAUUGUGGAUUUCGCACAGAGGCUGUCGGAGACCCUGCCAGAGAAGCUCUGUGUGUUUUAUUUCCUGAAUUCUGGGUCGGAGGCCAAUGACCUAGCCCUGCGGCUGGCCCGCCAGUACACAGGACACUGGGACGUGGUGGUAUUAGACCAUGCUUAUCAUGGUCACCUGAGCUCCCUGAUCGACAUCAGCCCCUACAAGUUCCGGCACCUCGAUGGCCAGAAGGAGUGGGUCCAUGUGGCACCCCUCCCAGACACAUACCGGGGCCUCUACCGGGAGGACCACCCCAACCCGGCGGAGGCCUAUGCCCGUGAGGUGAAACGUGUGGUCAGCAGCGCACAGGAGCAGGGCAGGCAGAUUGCCGCAUUCUUCGCUGAGUCUCUGCCCAGUGUGGGAGGGCAGAUCAUUCCCCCUGCUGGCUACUUCCCAGAAGUGGCAGAGCACAUCCGCAAGGCUGGAGGGGUCUUUGUUGCAGACGAGAUUCAAGUGGGCUUUGGCCGAGUCGGCAAGCACUUCUGGGCCUUCCAGCUGCAGGGGGAAGACUUUGUCCCUGACAUUGUCACCAUGGGCAAGUCCAUUGGCAAUGGCCACCCUGUAGCCUGUGUGGCCACAACCCAAGCUGUGGCAAGAGCAUUUGAAGCCACCGGUGUCGAGUACUUCAAUACGUUUGGGGGCAGCCCAGUGUCAUGUGCAGUGGGGCUGGCCGUCCUGGAUGUCUUAGAGAAGGAACAGCUGCAGGCUCACGCUGCCUGUGUAGGCAGCUUCCUGAUAGAGCUCCUCGAGCAGCAGAAAGCCAAGCAUCCUAUCAUCGGGGACAUCAGGGGCGUCGGGCUUUUUAUUGGUGUGGAUUUGAUCAAAGAUGAGGCCACAAGGACGCCAGCCACUGAAGAAGCUGAUUAUUUGAUAUCCAGGCUGAAGGAGAACUACAUUUUGCUAAGCACCGAUGGCCCUGGGAGGAACGUCCUGAAAUUUAAGCCCCCAAUGUGCUUCAGCUUAGACAACGUAAAACAUGUGGUGGCAAAGCUUGAUGCCAUCCUAACAGACAUGGAAGGAAAGGUGAGAAGUUGUGAGACGCUAAGGCCCCAGCUCUGUGGUAGCCCUGCUGUGUAA